UUAGUUUGUCCUGAGCUAGCCGAGUGAAGGUGAAGCCGGCCCGUGUCACUCUCUCUCUCUCUCUGCCUGUCGCUUGAAGCACCCUCUCCCGUCUCCUCCUCCUGCACCGCACCGGGAUCAUCUGCUUUAGCCCCGAGCCAUGUCCAUAUUCAGCGAUGUCCCGCAGGCCCCUCCCGUGGCGGUCUUCAAACUGACGGCCGACUUCAGAGAGGACAGCAACCCGCAGAAGGUGAAUCUGGGAGUUGGAGCUUACCGUACUGAUGACUGCCAGCCCUGGGUGCUGCCUGUGGUGAAGAAGGUGGAGCGUCUGAUUGUGGAGGACGCCAGCCUGAACCACGAGUACCUGCCCAUCCUCGGCCUGCCAGAGUUCCGCUCCGCCUCCUCCAAGGUGGCGCUGGGAGACGACAGCGCCGCCAUCAAGGAGAACAGGGUUGGAGGGGUCCAGGCUCUGGGUGGCACCGGUGCCUUGAGGAUCGGGGCAGAUUUCCUGCGGCGCUGGUACAACGGCACCAACAACACGGCCACGCCCGUCUACGUCUCAGCGCCCACCUGGGAGAAUCACAACGGUGUGUUUGCUGAUGCUGGCUUCAAAGACAUCCGGCCUUACCACUACUGGGAUGCUGCUAAAAGGGGCCUGGACCUCACCGGGCUCCUGGAUGACCUGGAGAAAGCUCCAGAACACUCCAUCUUCGUCCUCCACGCCUGCGCACACAACCCCACCGGCACUGACCCCACCCCGGACGAGUGGAAGCAGAUCGCAGAGAUCAUGAAGAGGAGGAAGUUGUUUGUGUUCUUUGACUCGGCCUAUCAGGGCUUCGCCUCCGGCAGCCUGGAUAAAGACGCGUGGGCCAUCCGGUACUUUAUCUCCGAGGGUUUUGAGCUCUUUGUGGCUCAGUCCUUCUCCAAAAACUUCGGCCUGUACAAUGAGAGAGUGGGGAAUCUGACGGUGGUUGCCCAGGACAACGAGAAUCUGACCCGCAUCCUGUCUCAAAUGGAGAAGAUCGUCAGGACGACCUGGUCCAACCCCCCAUCCCAGGGAGCACGCAUCGUCAGCAAGACCCUCAACUGCCCCGAGCUGUUCGCUGAAUGGAAGGGUAACGUGAAGACCAUGGCGGACCGGGUUUUGUUGAUGAGGGAUCAGCUGAAGGCCAAGCUGCAGGCUCUGGGCACCCCGGGGACCUGGGACCACAUCACCCAGCAGAUUGGCAUGUUCAGCUUCACCGGCCUGAACCCCAAACAGGUGGAGUUCAUGAUCAAAGAGAAGCACGUGUACCUGAUGGCCAGCGGUCGCAUCAACAUGUGCGGCCUGACCACCAAGAACAUCGACUAUGUCGCUCAGUCCAUCCACGAGGCCGUCACCAAGGUCCAGUAAAAGGCUGCUUCUCGCUGUCCGCCCACUUCCUGCCUCCUGUGCCCCACAGGAAGUCUCAUCAUGUCUGUGCCCCCUCCUCUCUGUGCCCAUCCCUUGCUUAUCCUCUCCUCUGACUGGAUAAACUGCAGCAGGAUUUUUUAUUUUUUUUUGCAGUUGAACCAAUGGGAGGGCGGAUUGUGUUUCUGUUCUCACACAAAAAUAAAAAAUCUUUGGGAGGUGCAAUGACUUUAGGAAAACACUUGAACCGCGAGGUAUCGCUGUCAGCAGAGCUCCGUGUGCCCCGAUGUGUAGGAGAUAAAAAAGCUAAAACGUCUUUUUGUCCAGGUCCCUUCUUCUCUAGGUCGCCUGUCUUUGUGCUUUCCACAUUGUUUUCUGUUCGCUUCAGUUUAUGAUUGUUUCACACUGGACAGCAGAACGUCGGCCAGUGAGAUUAUUGUGCUUCCACAAUAAUUUACAGCACUUCAAGGGAUUAGAUAUAAUGUAUCUGUGGCCCUGAACAAAUUGCAGCACAGAUACAUUAAUGUAAGUAGAUGUAGUCACCGUUAGAGGUCCGACCAUUUCCUGCUCAAGCGCUGAACUCCAGCUUCACUUCAGGUCAUACGAAAAUCCUGAUUUCAGUAUAACAAUAAUCAUGAUGCUGAAAUCUUUCUCAUUAUAUAAAUGAAGCUACACAUUGUUUUUACAGUUGUUGUUGUUGGAGACAACAAAUCAGCACAAUCAACUCAUCCCAGCAGAUCUAUUAUAGAAGGUUAUUAACGGUUCUCAUCUCUGUCAUGUGACCCGGUUGAAAGGUCCUUUUAAAGGAAAUGCAUGUGCCUCAUGUUGGAUUUUUUUUUUUUUUUUUUUUUUUUGCCUUGUCCGAACUGUGCAGCUAUGUCUUGGAUCAUAGUGUCAGUUGGAAGUUCACACAGCGACUUUGUGUGCCAUCCGUGAACAAAACUCACCUCUCUGUUGUUGUUUUUCUCUUUCCACCCCGCAGUGCCCUUAUUGUGUUACAGAAAGCCAAUGUAAAGUCAAAUCGUUUGUAACGAGCCACUCUGACACUUGUUAGCUACUCAGCCACACUCUCAUCAUGUGGCGUUGUUUGCAAUGGCGCACGACAGUAUGUGUUCAUACUGAAAUAAAUUAUAAACCACA